GGGCAAUCAUCAUCCCGACCCGACGGAGCAGCAGCGGACCUCCCGCAUCCCCGAACCACCGCAUCGUGUCUGCAGACACUGCUGAUAGGCUUUCAUGGACAGCAUCAUGUGCAAGCCUCAGUAACGCCGGGGACAUUUUCUAUGCAACGUGCUCGCUUGGUCUUAAAGUAAAUCGCGGUUUUUUUUAAUUUUUUUAUUAUCAAGGAUAAUAACGAUGAGGCGUGACCGCGACAGAGACCGCGAUGAGCGGCCGAGGGACAGGGACCGCGACCGGGAUCGGGACCGCGACCGGGACAGAGAUGUGAAGUCGUCCGGGGUGCCCAGCAUCAUCCCGACUGCAGGCCUUAGUGGCUUCCUUCAGCAAUCUCCUUUUCAGCAGCAGAUCAACCCCUUCACCAACCUGCCCCACACGCCACGCUUCUAUGAGAUCCUGAAGAAGCGUCUGCAGCUGCCUGUCUGGGACUACAGAGAGACCUUCACUGACAUCCUGAUGCGUAACCAGUCUUUUGUGCUGGUGGGCGAGACGGGCUCUGGGAAGACCACGCAGAUCCCUCAGUGGUGUGUGGACAUGGUGCGAUCAAUGCCGGGGCCGAAGAGAGCGGUGGCCUGCACCCAGCCAAGGAGGGUAGCGGCCAUGAGCGUCGCCCAGAGGGUCGCCGAUGAGAUGGAUGUCAUGUUGGGCCAAGAGGUGGGCUACUCCAUCAGGUUCGAGGACUGCAGCUCUGCCAAGACAGUACUCAAGUACAUGACAGACGGAAUGUUGCUGCGGGAGGCCAUGAAUGAUCCUCUGCUAGAGCGCUACGGCGUCAUCAUCCUGGACGAGGCACACGAGCGCACAUUAGCUACAGAUAUCCUCAUGGGGGUCCUGAAGGAGGUGGUCCGCCAGAGGGCUGACCUCAAGGUCAUCGUCAUGAGCGCCACACUCGAUGCCGGCAAGUUCCAGGUGUACUUCGACAGCUGCCCACUGCUAACCAUCCCCGGACGCACGCACCCCGUGGAGAUUUUCUACACGCCGGAACCGGAGCGAGACUACCUGGAGGCAGCCAUCCGCACUGUGAUCCAGAUCCACAUGUGUGAGGUGGAGGAAGGGGACGCUCUGCUCUUCCUCACUGGACAAGAGGAAAUUGACGAAGCCUGCAAGCGAAUCAAGAGGGAGGUCGAUGACCUGGGGCCUGAAGUUGGUGACAUCAAAAUCAUCCCGCUGUACUCCACGUUGCCUCCACAGCAACAGCAGAGGAUCUUUGAGCCACCCCCACCCAAUAAACCGAACGGUGCCAUCGGAAGGAAGGUUGUCGUGUCAACAAACAUUGCAGAGACGUCCCUGACCAUCGACGGCGUGGUGUUUGUAAUUGAUCCCGGAUUUGCCAAGCAAAAGGUGUAUAACCCACGCAUCAGAGUGGAAUCACUUCUGGUUACAGCCAUCAGCAAGGCCUCAGCCCAGCAGAGGGCAGGUCGUGCUGGACGGACACGCCCAGGAAAGUGUUUCCGCCUUUACACAGAGAAGGCUUAUAAGACAGAAAUGCAGGACAACACAUAUCCAGAGAUCCUGAGGUCUAAUCUGGGCUCGGUGGUGCUGCAGCUAAAGAAACUGGGUAUUGACGACCUGGUGCAUUUUGACUUCAUGGACCCACCAGCCCCAGAGACCCUGAUGCGAGCCCUGGAGUUGCUGAACUACCUGGCAGCACUCAAUGACGACGGUGACCUGACGGAGCUGGGCUCCAUGAUGGCAGAGUUCCCCCUGGACCCCCAGCUGGCCAAGAUGGUCAUCGCCAGCUGUGAAUUCAACUGUUCAAACGAGGUCCUCUCCAUCACUGCCAUGUUGUCAGUCCCACAGUGCUUCGUCCGUCCCACGGAGGCUAAGAAGGUUGCCGACGAGUCCAAGAUGCGCUUCGCCCACAUCGACGGCGACCACAUGACGCUGCUCAACGUCUACCAUGCCUUUAAACAAAACCACGAGUCCACUCAGUGGUGCUAUGAAAAUUUCGUCAACUACCGCUCGCUGAUGUCAGCAGACAACGUGCGGCAACAGUUGUCCAGGAUCAUGGACCGCUUCAACCUGCCGCGGCGGAGCACCGAGUUCAGCAGCAGAGACUAUUACACCAACAUCCGCCGGGCGCUGGUCACUGGAUUCUUCAUGCAGAUCGCUCACCUGGAGCGCACCGGCCAUUACCUCACAGUGAAGGACAACCAGGUCGUACAGCUGCACCCCUCCACUGUGCUGGACCACAAGCCGGAGUGGGUGCUUUACAACGAGUUUGUGCUCACCACCAAGAAUUACAUCCGCACAUGCACGGACAUCAAACCAGAGUGGCUGGUGAAAAUUGCCCCGCAGUACUACCAGAUGAGUAACUUCCCCCAGUGUGAAGCAAAGAGACAGUUGGAGCGUAUCAUUGCAAAACUCUCAUCCAAGGAAUACACCCAGUACUAAAAAGGUCUGCAUGUGCUGCAACGGCAUCCUCAGUGUCUGUACAAAGGAAAAUCUGAACUCAUAUGAGCGGUCUCUAUUUUUUUUAAUUUCACCAACAACCUCAUUUUGAAUUCUAUUUUUGUCUCACUGUGUGUAAUGUAUUUUCAUGUUUGAUGAUGAAUUGUGUUCUGUUAACCGUUCGAGGCCACCUUGCGUCUUCUUUUUUGAAUCCAAGGGGGUUGAGCACUACUAGAAAUGUACUGUAAAUGACUGGUUGGCAGGAAUUUAGUCAUUAACCAUUUCUGUUCAAAGCAUGAUAUUUCAUGUCAAAUUUCAACAUUCCUCUCUAAGACAUCCAUACUAAGUCACAGCAGGGGAUUCUUGGCUGUUGUUUUGCUUCUACUGCUGGAACGACAUUAGUCCACGGAGAGAAGCUUUUGAUCAAACGUAAUUUAUACUGUGUUUUGAUGCGGGCAUAAUGUAUUGUCCUCUUGUCAUGGAGAUACUAAGAGCGGCACUCUGGUCACAUUUCCUGUCACUGUUCAACUUAAUAAAAAUGACUUUGUAAUAAAA